ACCCAAAUUCCAAAAACGUAUAUAGUUAUUUAUUUCUCCACAGCAGCAUGAGCGCAAGCAGCAUGAGAAGCGAUCAGCCGGUUCUUCCGUUUCAGAGGACUUCCGUGUUUACAUGUCUGCAGCAGGCACCGAUCCCUCAUGGCUUUCAUUACGAAGAAGGAUCGCAGCAAAGAACGAUUUUCGCUGCUGCUGCUGGAUCUGGAGGAACAUUAUUUUGAACACCACACUGCAUAUAAUCUGACCGCCAGAGGUCAGGAGGCAAACAGACGAACCAGUGGCUCACUAAAAAUCUGUUCCAAAUCAAUCAUUUUUGAACCCGAUGAUGCUGUUAAGCCUAUUUUAAAGAUUCUUCUGAAAGACUGCAAAGGAAUAGGAGCAGUGGAAGAAACAGGCCACAACCCAUUUAUAGAAAGUAAACCUGCCUGUAUUCUUAUAGAAACCAAGCAGAUUUAUCUAAUUAAAGAAGAAAACGUGGUUGCUCCAUAUAAAUAUGAAAGGGGAGAAAAAAAGGUCACAUUCCAAUUGGAGGUGCCGGGAAAAACAGAGGAUGUUGUUCAGAUGUUAUUACAGUUACACAGAGCAUCCUGUCUGGAUAAGCAGGGUGACCAGACAGCAAUGGUUGCAGCUAUUCUGCAGUCCAGGUUAGCAAGGACACGUUUCGAUAAAAACAGUUUUCAGAAUGUAACAGAAAACCCACACAUGGAGUGUGUUGCAGAAAUGGUUUCUCCUUUGGUGACAAACGCUGGUCACGUUUGCAUCACUGAUUGCAAUCUUUACUUCCAGCCAAUGAACGGCUAUCCUGAUUUAGUGGUGCAGAUUGGGCUACAUAGUGUAAGACGCAUCUACAAACGGAGACAUGGGUUGAGGCCUUUGGGCCUUGAAGUGUUCUGCACAGAGAAUGAUCUUUGCUCUGAUAUCUACCUGAAGUUCUACAGUACUAAAGAAAGAGAUGAGCUUUAUUACUACAUUGCAACUUUCCUCGAAAACCAUAUAGCGGAGUGCACAGCGGAGAGCUACAUGCUGCAGUGGCAGAGAGGUCACAUCUCCAACUAUCAGUACCUACUUCAUCUAAACAAUUUAGCAGACCGCAGUGUGAAUGACCUAUCCCAGUAUCCAGUGUUCCCCUGGGUCAUCAGUGACUACAGCAGCACACAGCUGGAUUUGCUGAACCCUGCUUCAUUUCGAGAUCUCGGUAAACCAAUUGGAGCUUUGAACACGGAGAGACUGGAGAGAUUACUGGAACGCUACAGAGACAUGCCUGAGCCUCAUUUUAUGUACGGUAGUCAUUAUUCAUCACCUGGAUAUGUGCUUUUCUACCUUGUCAGAGUCGCUCCAGAGCACAUGCUUUGCCUACAGAAUGGACGAUUUGAUCAGGCAGACAGGAUGUUCAACAGUGUUGGUGAGACGUGGAAGAAUUGUUUAGAGGGAGGCACAGAUUUCAAAGAGCUGAUUCCUGAGUUCUAUGGAAGUGACAGCAGCUUUCUGAAGAAUCUGCUAGGUUUGAAUCUGGGCAGGAGGCAGGGAGGAGGCCGAGUUGAAAAUGUUGAACUUCCUCCUUGGGCUUCAGAUCCAGACGACUUCUUGGAGAAAAUGCGUUUAGCACUGGAGUGUCAGUAUGUGUCUGAACACCUGCAUGAGUGGAUUGAUCUGAUUUUUGGCUACAAACAGAGGGGAAGUGAAGCUGUGGCUGCCUAUAAUGUUUUCCAUCCAUUAACAUAUGAGGGAGGAGUUGACUGCGAAAGUAUUGAGGACCCAGAUCAGAAAAUAGCCAUGCUAACUCAGAUAUUGGAGUUUGGACAGACGCCUCGACAACUCUUUGUCACUCCUCAUCCUCAGAGGAUCACUCCACGCUUCCACAACCUGUCAGCCACCCCCAGCCUCAGCAGCAGUGAGCUAUCACCAUCAUCUCCAAGUAUGGAAUCAUUUGAGGACCUGACUGAGGAAAGUAAGAAAAUGGCCUGGAGCAACAUGAACAAACUUACAUUGCAGUCUUGCCACAAAAUACAUAAAGAAGCAGUAACAGGCAUUGCUGUGACCCUCAGUGGGGAUUCCAUCUUCUCAACUUCUCAAGACUCCACAUUGAAGAUGUUCUCGAAAGAAAAUGGACUUCAAAGAAGUGUGUCCUUCUCGAACAUGGCACUGUCCUCCUGUCUGAUGCUUCCUGAUGAUAAGAUUGUUGUGUGCUCCUCCUGGGACAACAAUGUAUAUUUUUACUCCGUAGCAUAUGGAAGAAAACAAGACACUUUGAUGGGUCACGAUGAUGCAGUUAGUCAUAUUUGCUGGAGGGAUGACAAACUUUACACAGCAUCUUGGGAUUCUACUGUGAAGAUUUGGAAAUGUGUAGCAGAUGACAUCUCCAGUAAUAAAAGGACACAGUUUGACCUGCUUUCUGAAUUUGAACAUGAGGCUGGGGUUAAUACUUUAGAUCUUGGCCCAGGUGGCACACUUUUGGCAACGGGUACUAAAGAAGGAACACUUACUCUUUGGGGCAUUGACAACCCUGUCCCACUAAAUCAACUGACCUGCCAUUCUGGAAAGAUUCAUCAGGUGGCCUUCAGUCCUGACAGCAGACAUAUACUGAGUGUUGGGGAGGAUUCGUGUUUGGUGGUUACAGAUGUGCAGACAGGCAUGCUCAUCGCUACUGUACAUUCAGAGGAAGAGCAGAGGUGUUUCUGUUGGGAUGGUAACACUGUGUUAUCUGGAGGGAUGUCAGGAGAUCUCAGUGUAUGGGACCUCCUUAGCAGUAAAGUCGUCCACAAAAUACCUGCUCACUCAGGUGCAGUAACGUGUAUGUGGAUGAAUGGACAAUGCAGUACUAUCAUCACAGGUGGUGUGGACAAACAGAUCAUUCUUUGGAAACCAGAGUAUUAACAGUAACACUUCUAUGUUCGAUAAAACAAUUCAUUUUUCAGACCAUUCAGACCAAGGUCAAUUUUCACCAUGUGAUUUCAUGGGACAAUUUAACCGUACCAAAAAACCUCUAAAAUAGAAAUCUUGACAAAGUGUUUGAUAAAGUGGGGAAAGUAUUUAUUUUAUCCCCUGUUGAUAUUGUAUAUUGUCUGUACUUUUUAUGGUAGGUUUAUUUUAACGUAUAGAGACAGAAUACCAACCAAAAAUUCCAGAAAUUAAACUAUAUAAUUAUAUUAAAUCGUUAUAUAUAAUACAAUAUUUUAUAUAAGUUAUAUAAAGGUUAGAAAUUGAUUUGCAUUUCAGUGCAAUAAGUAUUUGAUCCCCAAGCAAAACAUGACUUAGUACUUGGUUCUGAAACCCUUGUUGGCAAGCACAGACAUUUUUUUGUAGUUGGUCAUCAGGUUUGCACACAUCUGAUCCACUCCUCUUUAGAGAUUCUCUCUAAUUCCUUAAGCUUUCUUGGCUGUUGUUUGACAAUUCAAAUUUUCAGCUCCUUCCACAGAUUUUCUAUAGGAUUGCGGUCUGGAGACUGGCUAGGCCACUCCAUGAUCUUAAUGUGCUUCUACUUGAGCCACUCGUUUAUUUCCUUGGUGGUAUGUUUUGGGUCAUUGUAAUCCUUCAAGACUUAUCCAUGACCCAUCUUCAGUGUUCUGGCUGAGGGAAGGAGUUUCUCAUCCAAGAUCUUACAGUACACAGCCACGUCCAUUUACCCCCCAAUACAGUGAAGUCGUUCUGUACCCUUAGCAGAAAAACCACCCCAAAGCAUAAUGUUUCCACCUCUGUGCUUGACUAAAGGGAUGGUGUUAUUUUGGUCUUAGUUGGCAUUUCACUCCCUCCAAACACGGCGAGCCGAGUUAAUGCCAGAGAGCUUAAUUUUUGUCUCAUCUGACCACAGCACUUUCUCCCAAGCCUUCUCUGAAUAAUUUAGAUGUUCAUUGGCAAACUUUAAACUGGCCUGUACAUGUGCCACCUUGAGCAGAGGGACUUUGUGGAUGGUGGAGGAUUUCAGUCCAUUGCAUUGUAAUGUGUUACCAAUGGUUUGCUUGGUGACUGUGGUCCCAACUGUUUUAAGAUUAUUAACAACCUCUUUGCGUGUAGUUCAGGGCUGAUCCCUCACCUUUCUCAUGAUCAUCCUUUCCCCAUGAGGCAAGAUCUUGGACGGAGCUCCAGACCAAGGCCGAUUGGUUUGGAUUUCUGGUCUUGUAGCCCAUUCAAGCCUCGUGCAGAUCUACAAUCUUGUAUCUGACAUCCUUUGACGUCUCUUUUGUCUUGCCCAUGGUGGUGGUAGAGGCAAGAUACAGAUGGUUUUAUACACCUAAUGAGCUGACAUUAGGAGUAACUUCUUAAAGUGACCGGACUAAUCUCUGUUCCGUAUGGGCACAUAACCAAUCUGUCGGAAUCAGAAUUCCUGCUGGUUGGUAUGUGAUCAAAUGCUUAUUUCACUUACUGAAAUGCAAAUCAAUCUCUAACCUUUAUAUAAUGUGUUUUUGUCUGGAUUUUUUUUUUUUUCGUUUCUGUCUCUACUAUUUAAAAAUAAAUGUACCAUAAAAAUUACAGACCCUUCAUUUCUUUUUACAAGUGGGCAAACUUGCAAAAUCAGCAGGGCAUCAAAUAAAUAUUUUCCCCACUGUACAUUUGGUCAAAGUUUUAGAAUAAGGUUGGUUAUACAAAUUGCAGAGUUUUAAAAACACCUCACCACAACAGUUUUACAUUUAUUGUUUAGUUUUUUUUUGUUUUUUUCCUGAAAGCUAGCUCUGUUUAGUAACUGGAAUUUUAACAAAAGAUAUGGAUGUCCUAUUUGGCUCAGUGAAAUAUAUAUAUAUAUAU